GAAUCGUACACUCCCUCAUCUGACAAAGGCUGCUCAGCUCUCAGUUCUCUCCUCCUGCUGCUACUUUGAGAUUGUGUGUGCAAUAUCAGAGAAAGCGAAAUUAAGAAGCUGGAAAAAUGGAGAUCGUUCGACCUCAGUGGAAGCCUCCAUCCAACGACGUCGUUCCAACACUCCCUCUCUAUCGCUCUGCACCUGCUCUUGAGGUCAGACUCGAAGAUUUCGAGCUCUACGCCAUGGAUCGACUUCGAGUUCUCAAAGGUAUCUCUGAUGGAUUGUCCCGCGGGAAGAAGCCAGAAGAAAUGGAAAAAUUGGUAAAUGACCUAUGGAAAAUAAAUAUGAGGCAUCCACAGGCAUUAGAAGUCCUCAACAAGGAUGUUAUAUCCCACUUUGUUUUGCGUCUAGUUUAUUGUAGAACAGAGGACCUCAGGAAAUGGUUUCUUUCCAUGGAGACUGCUCUCUUUCGCAAUAGAUUUCGCCUUUUGACUGCUGAUGCUCAGAGGGCUCUAUUGGCAGAGUUUGGACUUCCAUACAGGGUGGUUGCCAGGGCUGAAUUUGAGGGUGUAAAGGAAAAAUUGGUUCAAGUUACACGCUCGAUUGGUCAGCCUAUACUGUCUUCUGAUGUCAUAUUCUACAAGGUACCAUUUGAAGAAGUUCCAGAACUUGUAGCUGGUCGUAGGGUUUUUAUCUGCAAAGGGCAUGCUUAUGUUGCCAUGAAUCAGGUUGUUUCGCUUGUUGUUACACAAUUUCGAAGUCUUCUAUCGAAGGCACUCAUUCUAACAAACAGGAAAUGGACAUCAAUGAUCAGAGAACAGGAAAAGGAUCGCUUAACUCCUAUUGUGGAAGCACUCUGCUCAAGCUAUCUGGGUCCUGACUAUUCUCAGCCUAAAGAAUUUGCUGAGAUAUCAAUUAAAGACUUUGACUUGGUAGCUAAGAGUUCAUUCCCUCUAUGCAUGCGCCACCUGUUUGAAAAACUCAGAGAAGAUCAUCAUUUAAAGCAUGGAGGGAGGAUGCAAUUAGGCCUUUUUCUCAAGGGUGUUGGCUUGAAGUUGGAUGACGCUCUUGCAUUCUGGAAAGCAGAGUUCUCCCAAAAGGUUGGUGGAGAGAGGUUUGACAAAGAAUAUGCCUACAGCAUACGCCACAAUUAUGGAAGAGAGGGAAAGAGAACAGAUUAUACACCUUAUUCUUGUCAAAAGAUAAUCUCUUCAACUCCAGGUGUUGGAGAUCAUCAUGGCUGCCCUUAUCGGCAUUUCAGUGAGGAAAACUUGAGGGCUGCACUCUGUAGAAUGGGAGUAAAUGGCGGAGCAGUGGAGGAUGUAAUGGACAAAGUGCGAAAUAGACAUUAUCAGUUGGCGUGCACUUUGACAUUUGAAGCUAUUCAUGGGUUAUCAUGUGAUGCUGGGAUUAACCAUCCUAACCAAUACUUCAGCGACAGCCAAAAGACCCUGAAAGUCAAGAACCAUUCCUCGGAGCAAGGAGAAUCUAUUGGCGAUUGAUGGUGCUAAACCUAAACGCUGCUUCCUUUCUCAGGUGAGCAUGGUGGAGUUUUGCACCAUUCAUAUGCACAUGUACUUUUGUUGGAGAUGCAGGCUACUUAAUUGUUUAAUUAAUAUAUGCAUAUAAUUUGUUAAAUAGUAAGUCUAUAAUGUUUAAUAGAACACUAACUCAAAUGAAUAUUCUGCUUUGGAGGAUGAGAUUUUUGAUCUAUGAGGAGAUUCUAUUUGUGGCUAAA